GGGGCCACCCACUGCCUCGCGCCCCCGCCCUGCCGGGUGUCUCGCGCGCAUUCCGUGCGUGUGAGUGUGUGGGUCUGUCUCGCGCCUAAGGUGCGUGCCCGCGCGCUCCGCCUCGCGCUCUACCCCUCCCUCGCCCCUCCUGGUCCUCCCACCCGACUCGGCUCCCUCCUUUCCCAGAAAACGCCGCCCCUCCCGCGUGCUGGCUCAGGCUCUGGCACCGCCGCAGCCGUCGCCGCCGGAAAGUUCAAGAGCCCUGGAAAGGAGAAGGAAUAAGACACCAGGAGGAAGAGAGAGAGAGGAAUGGAAGAAUCUCACUUCAAUUCUAACCCAUACUUCUGGCCUUCUAUCCCUACAGUCUCAGGUCAGAUUGAGAACACAAUGUUCAUCAACAAGAUGAAAGAUCAACUGUUGCCAGAGAAGGGCUGUGGACUGGCUCCACCUCACUACCCCACCUUGUUGACAGUACCUGCCUCAGUGUCCCUGCCCUCAGGCAUCAGCAUGGACACAGAGUCCAAGUCAGACCAGUUGACCCCACACAGCCAGGCAUCUGUUACACAGAAUAUCACAGUGGUCCCCGUGCCAUCUACAGGACUGAUGACUGCUGGAGUCUCCUGUUCUCAGAGGUGGAGAAGAGAAGGGAGUCAAUCAAGGGGUCCUGGUUUGGUAAUCACAUCCCCCUCAGGCUCUCUUGUGACCACAGCCUCAUCAGCUCAGACCUUCCCCAUUUCGGCUCCCAUGAUUGUCUCAGCUCUUCCCCCUGGCUCACAAGCCCUGCAGGUGGUCCCUGACCUCUCCAAGAAGGUAGCUUCAACCCUAACUGAGGAAGGAGGUGGAGGUGGUGGUGGAGGUGGCAGUGUGGCUCCUAAGCCUCCACGGGGCCGCAAGAAGAAGCGGAUCCUGGAAUCAGGACUGCCCGAGAUGAAUGACCCCUAUGUCCUCGCCCCUGAGGAUGACGAUGACCACCAGAAAGACGGCAAGACCUACAGGAGCGAAGGGAACUGCGGCACAGGAAAUGGACAGAGCCUUGGGCUCAUGGAUUCAGUUCCCGGCUCCACCACGAACUUGCUGUGUGACCCUGGGUGCAGGAUGUGCUCGCUGACCUUCUACUCAAAGUCGGAGAUGCAGAUCCACUCCAAGUCACACACGGAGACCAAGCCCCACAAGUGCCCGCAUUGCUCCAAGACCUUUGCCAACAGCUCCUACCUGGCCCAGCACAUCCGUAUCCACUCAGGGGCCAAGCCCUACAGUUGUAACUUCUGUGAGAAAUCCUUCCGCCAGCUCUCCCACCUUCAGCAGCACACCCGGAUCCACUCCAAGAUGCACACGGAGACCAUCAAGCCCCACAAGUGCCCGCACUGCUCCAAGACCUUCGCCAACACCUCCUACCUGGCCCAGCACCUCCGUAUCCACUCGGGGGCCAAGCCCUACAACUGUUCCUACUGCCAGAAGGCCUUCCGCCAGCUCUCCCACCUCCAGCAGCACACACGAAUCCACACUGGUGACAGACCGUACAAAUGUGCACACCCGGGCUGUGAGAAGGCCUUCACACAACUCUCCAAUCUGCAGUCACACAGACGGCAGCACAACAAAGAUAAACCCUUCAAGUGCCACAACUGUCAUCGGGCGUACACAGACGCAGCCUCACUGGAGGUGCACCUAUCUACGCAUACGGUGAAGCAUGCCAAGGUGUACACCUGUACUAUCUGUAGUCGGGCGUAUACAUCGGAAACAUACCUUAUGAAACAUAUGCGCAAACAUAACCCUCCUGAUCUCCAGCAACAAGUGCAGGCAGCAGCAGCAGCAGCAGCAGUGGCCCAGGCUCAGGCUCAGGCCCAGGCCCAGGCCCAGGCCUCCCAGGCAUCACAACAGCAACAGCAGCAGCAGCAACAGCAGCAGCCGCCACAGCCACCACACUUCCCAUCUCCUGGGGCAGCUCCCCCGGGUGGGGGGAGUGGAGACAGCAACCCCAACCCUCCACCCCAGUGUUCCUUUGACCUGACACCCUAUAAGACAGCGGAGCAUCAUAAGGACAUCUGCCUCACUGUCACCACCAGCACCAUCCAGGUGGAGCACCUAGCCAGCUCUUAGAGAUCCAUGCUGCCACCCACUGGGAAGAGGUGAAAGAAGUUCUGGUCCCUUCUUUCUCCAACUCUCUUGGUGGGAAAAGUUCUAUUCUUUGACAAGCCUUGGCUCCAUUUCCUUGGGCCUCAGACACGGCUUUCCUUCACAAGAUGCCAUCCUUAUUCUCAACUGUUCUUCAAAAGGAAGAUUGGCAAAGGAAUCCUGAGCUGAUGGUAUCAUCCAGCAGACCCCUUUCAAGCAAAGCUUUUUAAAAUGGGGGUUGGUGCUCAAGUGAAGGAUCUGCUGUGACCUCGCAGAAACUGGUCCAGUGUGGGCACUUACCUCUCCUUUCCUUCCUCUUCUUCAGAGUUGGGGCUGAUAGAAGACUAGAGGCUGGCCCUCCCAAAUAACAGAAAGAAGGGAGCCCUUAAAAAAACCAGCCUCCCGUUCUCUGCUUGCCUGCAAAAGAACAGGUUUCUCAAAUGCCCCACACCCUGAGAGCCAUUUUCUUACCCUACAUGGUCUCAAUUUCACUUCCCACCUAGCUCUGGUAGAGGGAGUUUGGGUGGGGAUUAGACCUCCUUUUUUAUUUGAUAAGGGGAUAGGGGCUGAGAUGUGGUCCCCAAGGGGCCAGAAAUUCCCCAUGUGGCCAAGGGUAGCUUAAAAGUGUGGGUUACGAUUUUCCUUGGAGUCUCCCUCCCUCUUCUCUGCCAAUCAAGGACCUAUACUCUCAAGUCUUCCCCACCCCAACCCCAAGUUGCUGUGGGAGCUGUGUUCUCUGUGAAACCCCAAAACAAGGGUGUUGCAGAGAAGGGAGAGUUCAGGGCACACACGAGGACCAGACUUAGCUCCCUAGGUGCCACGGUCAGAUGCCGGACAUGGAUUUAUAUAUAAAUAUAUAUAUAUAAAUAUAUAUAUAUAUACCCACUCAUCACGGCCAUCUUUGU